AUGCCAGAUCUACAGUGCGGGGACGUGGUCGUCAUCGUGGACUCCGCGCUGCCAAGGAACUCAUGGCCGCGGGGAGAAGUGAUGACGGUCUACCCAGGUCCCGACGGGCGCACCGCCACUGGCCUUCUGAAGAGACCUAGCUCCAAAGUUGUACGUCUGGUGAGCCGACCGCUGGGAGCGAUAGAGUCAGUCAACAACACGCCUUCGUCGAGUCAACAUCAAGUUAUCAAGGAGAAUAUUAUGGAUAACCGCAAGAUUACAAAUGCAAUUAGGGACCACGUGGUCAUAAUAGGGCCCUGUGAUUCUGCUGACUUCGUAUUACAAAUUCUGUAG